AUGGCUUCUCACCAUCGUCGACCCUUUCAAUGGCCACCACUAUCACUCCGACCACCUUCCAGUGCCGAAAACCCACCCUUUUCAGGAACCCGAGUUCCCAUGGAUGAAAUGAAUUCUUCAAAUCCAGUGAAUGUAUUCGGAUCCAUGUCUUCAGAUCAGGCAAAGCGAGUUCAUCCUGAUAAAAAUCCGAGUGACCCUUUGGCAGCUGAAGGAUUUCAGGAUUGCAUAGGGGCGAUUGAUGGGUCCCAUUUUCGUGUAAAAGUGUCAAAUGAUGUUGUACAAAGGUAUCGAGGGCGAAAGUACUAUCCAACACAAAAUGUUUUAGCAGCAUGUUCCUUUGACUUGAAGUUCACAUAUGUUUUACCUGGUUGGGAAGGAUCUGCGUCAGACUCGAGAAUCCUAGAUAAUGCAUUAAUGAGAGAUUUUGAUAAAUUGAUUGUUCCACAAGAUUUUCAGCUAAAAAUUGGAUUUCUUACCCCAUAUAGAAACACUCGUUACCAUUUAAAAGAGUAUAGUGUUCAUCAACCAGAAAAUGCUCGAGAGGUUUUCAACCUUCGACACUCAUCCUUGAGAAAUGCAAUUGAAAGGGCAUUUGGUGUUUUGAAGAAAAGGUUUCCAAUAAUAGCUAGUGGGACGGAGCCACAUUACCCUGUUGACACACAAUCUGAUAUUAUACUAGCUUGUUGUAUCCUCCAUAACUAUCUCAUGGGUGUUGAUCCAAAUGAAAGAUUAAUAGCAGAGGUCGAUAGAGAGCUUUUCAGCGAAGAAGCGGAGUUUGAAUCAAUGGUCUUGAGUUUAGCUGAAAAAUGCAAGGAAUGA